UCACUAAAGAAAGAAAGAAAGAGCGCGCGUGUGAUGUGUUUGUGUAUCCUCAGUGUUUUUCUCUCUUGCGUGUUUCAUUGAGUCUAAACAGAGUCCUGUCUCUGUGUAUUUAAGUGUUGAGACGUUGAUGAUGAGAUGUGCUGUGCUGUAAAUCAGUAGGAACUGAUCUGUUCAUGCUGAUAUAUUGAUGAUUUUAUCACAGAAAUCUCUCAGCUGAAGAAAGAGGAGAUUUAGCAAUGAAACGAGAGGAUGUGGAUUGUUGUGAAUCUUCAGUGUAUGUGACUGAUGAUGGGAGUCUGGAUUCAGUGUGGAUGAGCAGAGAUCAGAGCCGCACACCACAGCCACUGCUGGACUCUAAACUCUCUGAAGAGAAAUCCAGACACACACAGGACUCCGAUCUCAGUCUGACUUUACUCUGUUAUACUGAGUCAAAGCCCACAGACACUCAGGACACUACAGUGUGUGACAGUAAACAGAGCUUACAGGAGGAUCAAACCUCCACAGAGUCUCUGGAUUCUGUCUGUAACACUGGAGAACAGCAGCAGAUCCUUCGGACCAAACUGAAGAUGUGUUCAGUUAAACUCAUCGACUGCACGAACCUCAAAACUGAACCCACAGAAAUCAAAACUGAACCCACAGAAAUCAAAACUGAGCCCACAGAAAUCAAAACUGAGCCCACAGAAAUCAAAACUGAAGCCACAGAAAUCAAAACUGAACCCACAGAAAUCAAAACUGAGCCCACAGAAAUCAAAACUGAGCCCACAGAAAUCAAAACUGAACCCACAGAAGAGGAAGAUCGCACUGAGGAAGAUGAUGAUUUUAUUCCAUCAGGAAGGCAGGACCAUGACAGUACUCCCCCCUUAAAGGGACGCCACCGGGCGUUCCUCCAGGGGGCUGUGGCUGCGCAGACUCUGGCUGUGGCUGCGCAGACUCGGGCUGUGGCUGCGCAGACUCGGGCUGUGGCUGCGCAGACUCGGGCUGUGGCUGCGCUGGCUGUGGCUGCGCUGGCUGUGGCUGCGCUGGCUGUGGCUGCGCUGGCUGUGGCUGCGCAGGCUGUGGCUGCGCAGACGCAGGCUGUGGCUGCACCAUCCCAUGAGACAGCUCAAACCCGACGGCAGCCAAUCCAAGAAACGGACGGAUCCAGGCAACAGCCCACCUGA